CAGAGAAACAAACAGUUCCACAGCUACAUUGUUCCUUGCUCUCCUUCUGCAAUCGACUGUGUAAUAAAGAAUAUAUCGACUCGAUCAAUCAUUUCAUUGACGACGUCCCUCUGGCAAUCGCAGCCUUGUUUAUAUCAAUCAGAAAACAAUUCUCAUUUCCGAACUGAAUCCAAAGAAUGUUUCAUCGUUCAAGCAAUAUCGCACAACCCUCUCAAUCGGUAACGGGGAAUCCUAGGCGUGGGGCCUUCCGAGUGAGUCGACGCAGAAAUUUGAGACACGGACAAAGAUGCGGACAAAGCUACUUUUACGGUUCCUUACGUUGAUACGAUUGUGGAUGUUGCCUUCCGCGACAAGUUUAAUGAAGUUUUGGUGAAAGGAUAAUCUUGCAAUAAAUUGACAAUCACCAUUCUUACAUUUCUAUCUCCAUUAAUUUUUUACAGGAUCUAACAAAUGCUAACCAGCAAGAAAACAACAAUGGUGGCAAGUCGGGAAAAAAUAUUCUUCCAGAGAAACGCGUUGCUCGUCCCGAUGCCUUUGUUCCAGUCAGUCGACAACCUAAUUCCUACCAGCACAGCAAUCGUCAGGGUGUUGUUAUGGAACAGCGUAACCCAGAGGAUGAACAACGGGAAGCCCAAACUCUUCAACAUGUCAUGCACAGAAGUGUCUCGAUGAACAACAAUCCCUCAGUUGCUGUCAAUCCCUCGAGUUACCAAUUCGGACCUGCCGACAAUAUCGAUGAACGAGAUGCGGAAGAUCCGCUUUGUGCCACGGAAUAUGUUCAGGAUAUGUACGAUCAUUUUAGAGCGAAGGAAGGAAUAACAUCGGUCCGCCCGCUGUACAUGGAAAACCAGACUCACAUCAACGAACGCAUGAGAUCUAUUCUUGUCGACUGGUUGGUUGAAGUUCAUUUGAAAUUUAAGCUGGUACCAGAGACCUUGUACCUUACAAUCAAUUUGAUUGAUCGUUACCUUGAGAGGCAAGAAGUAUCUCGGCCCAGGCUUCAGCUUGUCGGAGUGACUUCUCUAUUGAUUGCUUCAAAAUACGAAGAAAUCUACCCACCAGAACUACGGGAUUUAGUUUAUAUUUGCGACCGUGCCUACACUCGAAAAGAGGUAUGAUGAUGUAGACACACUCAUGUGCAUUUUCCCUUCAUAGUACUUUGGAUGUCUCUAACCUUCUUCGUUGUUUUCUUCUUCAAUUUGUUAGAUAAUUGAAAUGGAGGAACAGAUCUUGAAGACGCUCGAGUAUAACAUUACUAUUCCAUCCGCACAUGCUUUCCUCGUCCGAUUCCUGAAGGCUGCCCAUGCCGACAAGCGAAUCGUGCAGCUAUCUUGUUUUAUCCUAGAUGGAACCCUUCAAAGCUACAACUUGCUUCACUAUCUUCCUAGUCAGCUCGCAGCUGCAGCGGUCUUCAUCGCGCGUCGUACUGUGGGUCGAAACUCUUGGAGUCCAACUUUACUUCGCUACGCUAUCUACCGUGAGGAAGAGAUUGCACCUAUUGCUAGAGCUGUAAUGGCCGAAAAAUCUUCGGCCGCUCACGAACUCCGUGCGGUCAACAAGAAAUACACUAGCAGUCGUUACGGCGCGGUUGCGAACUUAGCGCUUAGCUGCGACUUCUAAAUGCAGUGUUACCAUCGUGGCGGAUAAUGGUAAAUCCGAUUGCGCAUCUGGUAUUUGUCUACCUACCAACCAGCUCGAGAAUAACGACAAUUUUACCAUCGCAAAAAUGAUACGACUCUGUUUCGCUGACUCUUUGGAAGAGCAGCGUUAACAUCGAGAUAAAAUAGCAACAUUGGGACUCAGCAAAGAGGAGAAAGGUUGUGAAAACAACAUCCGGUCCGACUCGUAAUCAGGGGACAGAUGGAUGGGAAAGGAAACCCACCGUGACUUUUUGCUGUAUAUUAUUCUAUGACAGCUAAAAAGGCAUCCCAUGAGGGAAAGCUAGCAACUAGCGAUGUAAUGAUAAAAUUUAUACAUCCUAUUGAAACAAGUCAACUCGAUGCGACUGACUUCAAAAGGCAUACAAUACAUUCAUAACGAUAACAUAAUAACAACAUGUAAAAACGUGGAUUUCCGACUUGCCCAAUUGCUUGCGAAGUAAAAGCACCGAUUUCGAUGUACGGUUCUUUGUUGAUGUUGUCAACUUAUUUUCUUUCCGCUUCCUUCUCUAGCAGUCUGUUCUUGGUUUGGUUUUUGCAUAGAAAAAGAGGAAACUGAAUGUUGUGAAUUUGGUACACUAUGAAUGUGUCAAUUAUUGACAAUGAUACUACUACUACCAACAGCAGAAUAUUGUGGUGGAUAAUACAACCAGCAUGCUGGCACCAGACGCUCAUCAGAGCUUCCAACCAGUUACUGGUAAUAUAUACUAUUGGAUGGUACAGAUGGUAGUGGUGUCUCAAUUCACUUCUUGCAGGAUAUUCCUACUACAGAGAACCAUGGUCCUGCUCUCCUGCCAACUUAAAGCUGCACUAUUAGCCAAUUUUGAAGUAGUAGUGCCACUCCUUUCAAUGCAAGUGCCCUUUAAUUCAAUAUCGCCAUUGGGCCUCAUCUACAAUCACAGUCUGCUGCAAGUGCAAUCUACUUUCUGCGUGAUAAAUAUUUGGGGGUGCAUCAACUAGAGGUGUUUUUGCAACUGAGUUUCAAUAUGAGUUUUCUAACACCAGUUGCAUGUGGAAACAAUGAGAGGGGGGGAAAAAUAUUUUGAAGUUAUUUGCUUGGAGAAGUUAAGAACUUCAAAUGUGCUGGUUGCACUGGUAUUGUAUAGGCUCAGCUACUAAAAGAGAGAAAUUCCAUGAAAUGUUGGCUAAUUACUGGGUUUACUACUACUUUGGUCAAUAUGAGACCAUUUUCAACCCACAGAACCAUCACAACAUGGAAUUGGUGCAAUUCCAACACAUGAACCUAGCCCCCAUGCACCUUUCUCCAUCAUGUUAAAUCUGGAAGAGAAUUGGUUUUGUGGUUGGAGAGCAAUUCCAUGAAAUGUUGUUGUGUUACUGGGUUUACUACUAUUUUGGUCAAUCUGACACCAAUGUCAACUUACCAACCCACAGAACAAUCAGAAUGACACAAAAGAGAUUCACAGAGCACCACGGCACCAAUAGAGGCUUGCAAUACAAUGUACAAACUUCGUCAUCCAUAAGGCCUAAAAACAAGGUCAACCACUUCCAAAAUACUACUACUACUACUACUACUACUACUACUACUACUACUACUACUACUACUACUAGUAAUUUGAGUCCUGGACUAUCCAGAGUCUGUAUUUGGUCCAUAUUUUGGCAGAAUAAUGGUCACAUGCAAUGCAAAACAGAUUCACAUAGCUCCAAUGGCACCAAUAGACUCCCAACACAACCAAUACACUAACAACAUGGUCACUCACUUCCAAAAUUCCACUAGUUUUUGUACAUGUUGGGUACAAUCCCUUUUUUCCACAUUUAUGACUGGUCAGAAAAAUACUUGUCGAUUUUGACAGUUUUGGGUGGUGUUUUGGAUGCAUUUUUGUUGACAAGAUCAUUAUCUCAAAAAAUGUGGCACAAAUUUCAAAUGUGUUGUUGCUGGCUGCUCCUGAUUUUACCACAGAUGUAAAAAACAAUGAAAUGUUUUUUGGGUGGUUCAGAUACCUCUGGUGUAGUUCCUGGAGGUAAAACUUUUGAGAAGCAGAUGGUCCAAAAUUUGCUCCAGCCUAGAAUAAGUCAAAGAGUGAUUGUUUCUGCAUUAAUUUCCAAAAAAGCAAAUGAGAGAAGAUAAAUUGAAGUACAAGAUGAGGAAAUUGGUGGGGGCAAGCAACAAGAAGAAGGUUUCAAUCUAACUGACCCAGAUGGAGAAAUGUGUGAAGAAGGAGACGAUAGUAAUAUUGGAAUACUGGGAGAGGGGGAGAUGAUGUAGACAACAGCAUAAAUGAUAGGGAAAAGGAAAUACUCCAUAGAAUUAGAGCAGAUCCCUCAGUAGAUCUUCUGAUGGAAGCCAACAUACUACAGACCAAGCACAAACUUACAAUGAUUUGUGUUCCCGCAAUUAUGAAUUGGGCAAGGCAAGCAACAAAAGUUCAGCAAGUUGAUUUUUCAGAAAUGAGGACAGAUUGGAGAGGCACUGUUAUGGAUGAUCUUGCUAAAAAAUGGGGAUGGAUGAAAUGGAACACCACACCUUCCAGCAAACACAUAUUGAUUGGUUGCCAGGUGAUUUUUAACAGCAAGUGCAGAUACAAAGUUUUCUACAGGCCUUGCACAGCCUCCUGACAAACAAGGAUUUAAUGAGGGAAGAUAACCUAUCCUUUCCCCACAGCACAGAUCCCGUGUCUCCAGAACAUUAUUGGUCACUGACAGAAAAUUUGGUUAUCACUGAAUUACAUCAUGGUAGCUGGUGGACUGAAUCUUGGAAAGCAGAAAUCUGCAACAAAGAGAAGGGGAAAAUUUUGGUGCUGUUCAUAUUCUACAUGGAUGUUAUCUCCCUGGACAAUAAAGAGAGCCUAAUGUUUUGCCCUUUGAAUACAACACUUGGUAUACUCAAUAUGGAGAGGAGAAAGCAACCCAAUGGUUUGACAACAAAAUAUUUCCACCCACAAGAAGAAAAAAUAGGACCAAAAGCUACAUCAAUAGAAAAAGUAAAAAGUCUCCACAACCAAAUCAAGGCUGCUAUGGCCUCUUAUAGAGCUCUAACAGAAAGCCAGAAAUGGGUACAAUAGGACUACCUGAAAUAUUGUGGAAAAGAUUGGAAAGUCCUGAUGAAAUUUGCAAUUGUGUAUGUCAUUGGUGAUACACAAUAGCAUGGCAAGCUCUUUGGUAGGUAUCAUGCCUCCGAAUAGUGAAGGAACAAAAUGGCUAUGCAGAAAUUGUAACUGUCAAAAGGAUCCUGCUAAUGUGGUCCUGAACAAGAACAUUGGACCAAAUGCAUUUAGGUUCAGCAUGUAGAUACCCAACAUCUUCUGUCCUCUGGUAGGAGAUAAGGAAGAAGAAUUCUUGAAGAAUGUUUCUCAUCAUAGUAACAUUGAAAACUCCUAGUGAAAAUUUGGAAACCUUCACCUAGAAUUGGUAGGAAGGUAGAGGUCCUUGCACAACAAUUUGGGCUUUACAUGGGGCUUUAUUGAGACAACAGUCAGAUAGACUUUUACCAAGGACAAAGUUUGGACAGCAAAUUCUUCAUGCAAUGAAAAAGGAAGGACAUGAUUUUGCUGGUAUGCUGAAUUGUAUUCUCCUGGCUAUAUGUUCAAAGUGAGGUAGACAUGUUGUGGACAGUACCCAAUUUGUCAACAAGCAGGUCAAGCUUAUUGAAAUUGUUCUGUCUGUAGAGGAGUUCCUGAAACAUUGGAAAAUCACAGUGAAGCAAAGAAAUGGUCUUCAAAAAGUGGUGGAACACUUUAUCAAUGUCAUCAGCAGUACCUGUCUUAGGUCAGGAAUGGGAACAAAACUCAUUAUAAACCAUUUGUAUUUUCACUUCCAGAAGUACAUUGAGUUGUGGGGUUCACCAAAUGGUUGGGAUUAAGCACCAAUUGAGGCUCACCACAGAACAGAAAUAAGAGCACCAUCAAAGAACAACCAAUGUAACUCUUCUACCUUAGUGGAACAAACACCAAAAAGACAGUCAGAACUCAUGAUAUCAAAAACUGCUUCUUGCAACUUUCUGCUACAAAAGGCAUGGAACGAGGAAUGCAUAACAGUCCAAGCAAGAGACAACCAAGCUGGAUCAAAGUUUAAUAUAAUGAGGGGAAGCCAUGGAAGACCAACAAUGAAAUGAGAAAGGGGGGAAAAGAAGGACCUUCUUCCUGGAUGUUGUACUAGAAUAUUGCUGCAAACAGGUUCUGCCAUUUUUGACAGAUAAAACAGAAGUGUGCAGAUUUACAGACCACAACAGCAACUAUGAUGGUGAAUAUCAUUUGUUGCAGUCAAAUCCAUCAUUUGGAACUGACAGUGGGCAGGGAAAUGGUACAUGAAUGGAUUGGGCUGUCUUCAACUGUGAUGAAUAAUAUUAUCCAAGCCAUAUUAUGUGUUUCCUUGAUCUGAAGGCAUAUGGUUUGGAUGAUAAUGCAUAGGAUGGAAGGGAAUGCUCCUUGAUGAUUGAAGAUGGUUUUUAUGCCAUUGUCCAUUGUUUCCAAAGGGAACCAAAACCAACAGACUACUACAGUCUUAUCAAAAUGGGAGUCAUUGAUCAAAGAAAGUUUUACAUAUUACCAAAAAUUGUUUCCAUAGUUGCUGUGGUGCCAAAUCUAGAAGUUGUGUCAAAUCAUCUGGCAUGGCUUGACCAUUUUGGAAGCAAUUAAGGUGGCUGAAAAAUGAAUACACAUAUAUUGCAAGUUUAAAGUGGUGUCUUAUAUCCUAUCAUGUGUCAUUGUGGUCUUCCUCCUUUCCUGAAAAAUAGAAUGUUCAUCUUCUGUUUCCUCUUCAUCUUCUGUUUGCAAUUUAUCCUCUGUUUUCCCCUCAUCCUCCUUUUCCUCACCACCACCAGCAUUACUAUUGUCUAAACACUAGUGGCAGGCAUGAACCAAUCCAAAGGUGCAUACCCCAAGGGGAACGCUGUCCAAAGUUCUUCUGGUGUUGUAAAAAGCUGUGGUUAGUUCUUUGUCUUCUGGUUUUGGAUUUGCAUUUUGGGGUUGACUCUUAUGGCAUACUGCUCCUUAUAUUUUAGACAAUAAGGGACAGGGAACAAUGCAUGGGAUGGUGCACAAUACACCAUGGACCAAAUGAGGUAGGGCACUGUAGUUCUUUUUUUAACAGAAAAAAAAUAGCAGGACCACACCCUUCUUUAUUUCUUGCAGAACAAUGCUUUUGAAAUUUUUGAGAGAUUGAUCAAUGCUCCCAACUUGUUGUUGCAUGCAUCCUUGAACUGACAAAAAUAGCCUGCUGGAGUCAAAUUGUCAACUGCCAAACUUGUCCAUCCUUUCUUGCACUGUAGAUACCAAAGUGGCAGGAUCAAUAAUGUUGUCAUCAUCGUUUUUUCUUCUUGGUUUGACCCAAUUUCCAGUCUAGUUGUUUUUCCCCUUAUACCUGAGCUGGUCUUCCAGUUUGUGAACUUUUUCCAGAACAAGUUGUUUGUUCUCUCUCUUGAGUUCCACACCAGUAGGGGGGGGGGGGGGGCACCAUUCUUGUCACAGUGGUUGUGGUUGUGGACCUGUCUCACCAUCUUGGUAACAGUGAUGAUGCCAAAUUACUAUCUUUGAAGUCAAAGUAAAUGGCACAAUUGGAUAGGAAAAUGAUACUAACAAUAUUCUCAGCCGUCCAUUACUGUCUUUGGUCCCAUUUCAUUCUUUUUCUUGUGCACCAAAAUCAGAAGGAAAGAGGAAGCAUAAUGCUAAUUGUGAUUGGUAACAAAAGCAUUCCCUCUUCUUUUUUAUGCACUUCUAGUAAGAUGGUUUUGAUUUUGUUGUCUUGUAAAGGUAUUUUCUAAUUUAUUGUAUGAUUCUUGUAUUUUUUGAGUCUACUGAACUUUUUCACAUGUGCUCUAGCCUGUUGCGAUGGAACAUAGGACCAGAGGAUGUUGCGAAUCAAUUUUUCAGGGUAUAACCUGCGCUUUCCAUUGCUCCGUUUAGCAUCAAGUUCGAAAUCAUUGCCCAAGACCGAGGAUAAUAGCUAGAAGGCAAGGGAGUUGCUCCCAAGAUUUCACCUGCAACGUCAACCAUUGCAUUGGCGUUUGUUAUAUCAGAGGAUGCAGCAAUCAGAGAUGAAUAAGUAGGACCGUAGAUAAAGGCAUUGGACUGCCAGUCCCCAAACAUAUUGAUGUUUUGCCCCGUGUUGGGACCGCGGCAACUAGGAAAGGUAGCAGAAGAGAAAGAUCCGUUUUGAAAGUUUCCAUCCAUUCGCCCAUAAAAGUUGCUCAAGUAAGGAGACCAGUCACCCGACAUUUCCGGAUAAAAUGCUGCAUCUAAGGCAACACGGAAUGUGGUGCGAGCAGCCUCAGCUCCAUACUCAUACUGUGGAGUGCCACUACCGGAAAAUCCACCUCCAGAGUGAAUGAUGUUGCCGCUGCUAUCUUCCCCAAUCGUUGCCCAAUUGGGAACGAGAGCGCCUCCAUUCGAGCACUGGACAGCACGCAAGACUUCAUGAGAAGUAGCAAUCAACUUGUUCCAUUCUUCUUCUGGAAUUCCACUGUAGCCAUCACGGUCGCUGUUGGAGAAUGAUUUUUGGUAAUCUUUCAUGACGCGGAAAGAUCCAGGAGAAUGGUAGCUGGGGUUGUUUCCCUCACCUUCCCACCCGCCCCAACAGGAGCCAAGCUUCACCAAACGAUGGUUGCUUCUAGAUUUGUCAACCUCGAAUUCAAAAAAUGCAGUUGCUGAAGCAUCGGCCCAUUUUCUUGCUGUUUCAUACCAACUUGGUUUAUUUGUGUCAUUCUCCACGGCCUUUACUGCUAAAAUGAUGCCCACGAUGGCAUCCUCGUCAGCAUCAGGAGCAGGUCCAGUGGAUUCGGAACCUCCGGUCUUGUAAUGUCUCCAAUCGGGAAGGCAGACGUACUUUGAUCCAGACGAAGACUUGCAAUAAUCCCCCCCCGGUUGACAGUUGGAUCCUUUGUUGGACGAAUUCUUCGACAUUUCGAUCCAAAAGUUGAAAUAUCCCUCAAAAGAAUCGAGGACAUCGGAACGUCUAGAAUUCGGAACCCUCCCUGCGUGGGUGUUCCAACUCGCAAGUACAGUCCCGGUGAUCAACAGUCCAUAUGCUUGACUUUCGCUGACCACUAGAUUUCCAGACCCGGCGGCUCCACCACUGUUGCAAGAAAAAAAUAUGGAUCCAAGUUAGUAUAAUCAAUUCAGUUGCAAAUG